CCCACGCAAAACACUCCUCACACAUCCACGCGCGUUCACGACUGUAAUACGCAACAGAGUCCUACGGCUCUAGAUAGAAGAAACUGAGACUUGAGGGAAAAUAGACUCGGAUGUGCCUGAUGUGCAGCUGUUAGUUAUCCAGGCUGAAGCUGAUUUAUUUCUUUAGUUAUUAUGUUUCCUGCAGCAAUUCUGGGAUUAAACUUAAGCUGAGACCGAGAAAGAAGGUUGUGUGUUGUGUUUAUGUAUGAGCGAGGGUGAGCGUGUUGAGAUGAGUGCGGGCGAUGAAGAGGGCGGUUUACGCAUCCGCCCCCCCUCCAGUCUAAAUGUGAAGAAGGUCUACAGCGAGAGCGCCGAAGAACUCCAGUCCCCCGAGGCCCUGAGGAGCAGCGCUCUGUCACCUGACCUAAGGCAGGACUUCAACAUGAUGGAGCAGAGAAAGAGAGUCACACAGAUUCUGCAGAGUCCAGACUUUAAGGAGGAGCUAGAGUGUAUGGUAAAGGAGCAGUGCUCCAAAGGCAGUAACUCCAGUGGUCUUCUCGGUCAGAUUGCAAACCUCAUCAUCAGCAAUACUAUUAGCAACACUGGAGUGUACAGUCCCAGCAGUGCAGGGUCAAUUAGUCCAGUGAAUGAUCUGUGUGGUGUGGAGUGGUUCAACUGUUCUAAAGCUGAAAGGCAGGGCCGCUGUAAACUCGCCUGCUUGUACCGGCUGCUCGACCUAUACGGACAUACCCACUUGCCAAAUACGUAUAUAACUCUGCGUAUCAACAAAGAACAGGAUCAUAUUCUCAUUCUUCCUAAAGGACUGGCGUUCUCAGAGGCCACAGCAGCUAGUCUGGUGAAGGUGAAUCUGAUUGGUGAGGUCGUUGAUCAGGGAGUCACUACACUACCUGUGGAUGUUUUAGGAUUCAAACCACAUUCUGCAGUGUAUUCUGCCCGACCAGAUGCCAAAUGUGUUAUACAUACAUACACACCAAAUACAGCUGCCGUCUCUUCUAUGAAAUGUGGCAUCUUACCCAUUUCCCAUGAAGCUUUGCUGCUGGGGGAGGUGUCUUAUUUUAGCUACCAUGGUGAUUUAGCCAACGAGCAGGAGAGGAUGGAACUUCAGAAAGCUCUUGGUCCCACUGCCAAGGUUUUGGUACUGAGGAAUCAAGGUUUACUGGCAUUUGGAGAGACGACAGAGGAAGCUUUUCAUUAUUUGUAUCACAGCCAUCAAGCUUGUGAGAUACAGGUUAGCGCUCUGUUAUGUGCGGGUGGAGUUGACAACCUGUGCGUGUUAGACAGAGCUAGUCUUAAAACCGCUCCUACGAAAAAAAAUCCCAGUGGACAAAUGCCAGACGGACAGAUCAGAUGGAGGGUUGGAGAGGCAGAAUUCGAGUCGCUUAUGAGGAUGUUAGAUAACUUAGGUUACAGAACAGGUUAUACUUACCGGCAUCCCGUAGUUAAAGAGAAACCUCGACACCACAACGAUGUGGAGAUCCCAGCGACCGUCACAGGGGUGGGACUAGAGGAAAAGGACACCUUUCCACAGAGUCCGUUGCACUUUCUGGCACAGAAGCGGGACAGAGAGAGGAUACGAUGGCUGAACUCACCAAACAGCUACUUAAAGGUCAACGUACCUGAAGAAUCCAUCAACGGGACCUGCAGCCCCCGGACCAAAACCAUGUGGAUGAAGUCAGAAGAGUCAGGAAGCUGCAAGGACACCCCAAUUAGGAUUGAGGACCCCAACCAGUUUGUUCCACUGAAUACUAACCCCAGUGAAGUACUGGAAAAAAGAAAUAAGAUUCGGGAGCAGAACAGAGUAGAUCUGAUGACAGCUGGACCCAAGUCUCAGCUGCUGGCAGACAUUGUUAUUGACAAGACUCCUGGACCAGCAUUCAUCUAUGAGGAUGAGGAGCAGACAGCUGCUCUGCCACCUAAUCCUUUUGACCAAUCAGAGGCAGAGAUACAGGAAUACACACAAACUGUGGAGAAUAAGAACAGCCAGUCAGCUCUUCAAUCAGAAGCUGAUGAGGAAUUCACAGAUGGUGAAAUGACUACAUAUGACGGCUCCACUGUGUCACUGUCGAUCUCACCUCUCAUGAGCCCUGAAAGAGGAGAUUGUCUUUCAGCUCUGCUACAGAGCAGUGAUGGCGAUGACCUGACACAGGAUGAUGACCUCACUCUACAGGUCACAGAGCUCAGCAUCACGAAAGAGAUGCAGGUCUCCAUAACAACCACUGUUGCCAACAACAUUUCAGUCACCAGUUCUUCUGAAAGUCAGCCACAGUCACCCAAAAAGAAAAAAAAGAAAUUUCGUACACCUUCCUUCCUGCGGAUGACGAAAAAGAAAGAGAAAAGAGACAAAGAGAAAGGAAAAGACAAAGAGAAAGAAAAAAAGGAGAAGGAGGAGAAAGAGAAGGAGAAAGAAAAGGAAAAGGAGAAGGAGAAAGAAAAUGAAAAAGAGAAGGAGCAAGAAGAAAAGGAGAUAGAAGAAGAAAAGGAAUCUAAGAAGGACUGAGUAAACACUCCUGUUAGACACUUGACUGUGCAGGGGCUUGUGGGUAAUGUAGUUUCAGGAGUGCCCAAUGUUAAAUGCGAUGACUAGGAGAGACAGGGAUAUUAUCAUCAAAGCAAUGAUCUGUGUCGUUGUUAAACAUAUAUUAAAUAUAUAAUAUUACAACACAUUUUCCUACAGCUAUAUCAACAACUAAAUAGCCUAAGAAUAUCCUCCUACACUUUUAUAAACUGUACAUAAAUGCACACUCAAUAUCAGCAGACUAAAUAAAGUGAAUAUGAGAAGUAUCAGAAAUAUUUUGAUGGCUCUACAUGGUGUUUUGUAGAUGAAUUGAUGUUGUGUGCUGAAUUAAUGAGGUGACAGUGAAUUGUAUGAAAGACUGUGCAACUGAAUUCCUGCGUAAUAUGAAUAUAAAGUAUUAAAAUCAUUUUAAAAUGGGAAACAGCCAUUCAGUGUGAUAUUAUGCUAUGUUGAUUUGCUUGGUUUGUAAAUGGAAAUGUGGUUGAUAACAGAUUGUUAUUAUACUGAUAGUUUUACCGAUUAUAUAAAAGGCUAUAACCACUAUAUGUUAAUUAAAUCAAAAAACGUGUGCUGUAAUUAUGUUAAUAGUGAUGUUUUCAUGUUCUUAACCAGGCGUUUGUGUCUUCCAUGGUCAAAUACUGCUUUUUGUAGUUUGCAGUUUCAUGGUCAUGUGUAAAUGUAACCUUUCUGAAAUAAAAAUGUGCUAAGUUUACAAAGAAAAAAAAAGUAAUAAUACAGAUUCAAUCUAUUUGAAU